CUAUUUCUUUUACAUGUGUGAUAAGGUGGUUGCUCCCAAUGUAUCUCUUAGUACUUCAAUGCCACAGUGUAAAGAAACCACAAAAACUGUUGAAAAAAUAUCAGAGGUAUAUAAAUCAUUUUCGGGGACGUCACUAAAACAGCAAAAUGGAGGCAAACACAAAAAAAGUGUGUUUUAUCAGGACAUCGCUCUUGAAGGACAGGAGAAGUUUGACUUAAAGCCCAGAUCUGGAAUUUGUGCUAGUAUAGAGCAACCCGUACCCAUUAAACCUGCAAACAGAAGGAAAACAGAGCAGGUCAGUUCCAGGGAGACUACAGAAGAUGAGAUGGAAAUAAAUAGUGAUGCACAAUCCUCAUCUCAGGCUCUUACCGAUGGUAUUGGAUCUGAUGAUGAUAAAGGGAAAAUGAUGGAAGAAGUAAUGAAAACAUAUAUUAAACAGCAAGAAAAACUACAUACAAUUUUGCAAAAGAAGCAGCAUCUUCAAAUGUUAGCAGAGCUGAGGCAGAGGCUGGAUCAUGCAGAGGCCGAUAGACAGGAGCUCCAAGAUGAACUGAGACAGGAACGAGAAGCGAGACAGAAGUUAGAGAAGAUGAUCAAAGAAUUAAAACUUCAGAUUCAGAAAUCUUCAAAAAAUGGAAAAGGAAAAUAA